AUGCAGGUGUUUUCACGGCUGAGCCUAGGCAUUGUUGCCACGGCCUCUUUCUCUCUUGUGGCCGCUGGGCCCUGCGACUUGUACUCGACGGGCGGCACACCGUGCGUGGCUGCACACAGCACCACGCGUGCCCUGUACAGCGCUUACUCGGGCGAACUGUACGAGAUAUCACGAGGCUCGGACGGUGCCACGACCACCAUCUCACCGCUGUCUGCUGGUGGAGUGGCCAAUGCCGCUGCCCAGGACUCGUUUUGCGCAAACACAACGUGUCUCAUCACCCUCAUCUACGACCAGAGCGGCCACGGUAACCACCUUACCCAGGCUCCUCCCGGCGGCUUCGACGGCCCAGAUGUCGACGGCUACGACAACCUGGCCAGCGCGAUCGGCGCGCCAGUGACGCUGAACGGCGAGAAGGCAUACGGUGUCUUUAUCUCACCCGGCACGGGCUACCGCAUCGAUUAUACCACCGACGUGGCCACAGGCGAUGCGGCUGAGGGCAUCUACGCCGUCCUCGACGGUACUCACUACAAUGAUGCAUGCUGUUUCGAUUAUGGCAACGCCGAGACGAGCAACACGGACACGGGCGAUGGUCACAUGGAGGCUGUCUACUUUGGCGACUGCACCGACUGGGGCUAUGGAUCUGGCGAUGGCCCCUGGAUCAUGGCGGAUCUGGAGAACGGCCUGUUCUCAGGCUCCAGCUCUGGCUACAACUCUGGCGACCCGUCCAUCGACUACCGCUUCGUCACGGCCGUCGUCAAGGGAGAGUCCAAUGAGUGGGAGAUCCGCGGUGCCAAUGCUGCCUCUGGCUCUAUCUCGACAUACUACAACGGGGUCCGGCCUUCUGGCUACAACCCCAUGUACAAGGAAGGGUCCAUCAUUUUGGGCAUCGGCGGUGAUAACAGCAAUGGUGCCCAGGGUACCUUCUAUGAGGGCGUCAUGACCUCGGGUUACCCAUCCGACACUGUGGACAGCGAGGUGCAGGCCAACAUCGUGGCAGCCGGCUACGCCGUCACGUCGCUCAUCGGCGGCCCUUCGAUCACGGUCGGCGAGGCCAUCUCGCUGCGCGUCACCACGCCCGGCUAUGAUACGCGCUACAUUGCUCAUACCGGCACGACGGUGAACACCCAGGUUGUGACGACGUCCAGCGCCACCACCCUGAAGGAAGAGGCCAGCUGGAUUGUCCAGACCGGCCUGGGCAACAGCGGCUGCUACUCCUUCGAGUCCGUCGACACCCCCGGCAGCUACAUCAGGCACUACGACUUUGCGCUCCUCGUCAACGCCGACGACGGCACCAAGCAGUUCGCCGAGGACGCCACUUUCUGCCCUCUGGCCGCCCUGAACGGCCAGGGCAACUCCAUCCGCUCCUGGAGCUACCCGACCCGCUGGUUCCGCCACUACGACGACAUACUUUACGUCGCUAGCAAUGGUGGUGUGGACACUUUCGACGCUACUGCUUCGUUCAAUGACGAUGUGAGCUUUGUUAUCAGCUCUGGCUUCGCUUCUUGA